AUGCACCUCAGACAUCGGCUGGAGCUGUUCCCGGAGAGCAGCGUCACGCUGCUCCUCUUCAGCCGCGUCAAAAAUGCCGCUGCUCUGCGGAAAAAAGCCAUGGAGGGAUCCAUUGAAGGAGCACUGAUAAACCCUGCGAUGAUUGUAGAUCCUUUUCAAAUUCUUGUGGCAGCCAACAAAGCAGUUCAUCUACACAAGAUAGGUAAAAUGAAGACUAGAACACUCUAUGCAGAAAUUAUUUUCAGCCUUUCACCAAACAACAAUAUUUCAGAUGCAUUUAAAAAGUUUGGCAUUUCAGACAGUGACACAGCAGUACUGAUUGUUCUGGUUGUGGACAGUGAAAAGCCUGAAAAUCUGCAAGAUAUAGCAUCUCAAGUAGAAGGCCAACAGGUUUCUCUGGAUGAACUCCCCCAGCUAACAGACAUUGCCAAAAUUAAAAAGGUGUACAAAGUUACUCCACAGGAAGAAAAAAUCAGCACCUUACUGGAUAGCGUCGUUUGCAGAAUGUCAACAAAAGAUGUUUAAUGAAAAUGUGGAAAUAA